GUAGGAUUAUUUUAUCGAUUGAUUGAGGAAGCAUUUCAUCUGGCAAUUGGUGAUACUUAGAAAGUAAUCACCACCAUUGUUUUCAUUCAAAAAGUUGCACCGUACAACACAGAAAAAGAAUGUCAGCAACAACUGCAAAUAUUCCAAUGCCCUACCAAUUUAUACCACACGUAGUAGGAAUACAACAAGAUCUACCAGUCGGACAACAACAACAAGUAUUUCCAGUGCGGACAUUUAAGGUGUUUGGUGGUAUACAGAUAGGUCUUGGAGUUCUUCUUGGGAUUCUUAGUUUAAUUGGAGUGAUCUCAGAUAAAAUUGCAAAGAACAAGUAUGAUGACUGUCUUGCUAAUACUUAUUCCGACCGAUACAUAAGCUAUUAUUACAAUGAUUGUUAUCGAUAUCAUAAUGUCGGCUUGCGCUUGCCAUUUGACAUUACUUGUUUUAUAUGUUCUGGAUGGCAUGUUUUAACUGGCUGUCUACCUAUGUGUAUGUCAAAGAAGAGAGAAAAGAGAUGGACAUGUCUGAAAACGGGAUUUAUGGUGUGUAGCAUAAUUGGAGCAUCAAUUUUUAUUCCAGCUAUGUUGAGUCUUGGUGUGUAUUUUCCUUUUAUAAUAGCUAUAGGAAAUCAAGAUUCGAAAGCUGUAGUUCUUUCAGUUUUCAUGGCUGUGUUGUCCUUUGCAGAAGUGGUAAUCGCAAUUAUUGCCUCCUCAUUCUGUUGUUGCUGUUCCACAUGGAGGACAUCAAUUCAGGAGACUCAGAUUCCUAUGGCAAACAGCCACCAGUUCAUGAUAGCUUCCGGGCAAACAGAUAACCAAAUAGUGCAGUAUUCCAGAGGGCAACAGUAUCAAGUGAUACCUACAACUCAACCUACAGAACAAGUUCAAGUUAUUGGCAGUAUUCAACCAGAACAGAACGGGGGACAGGUUGUUGAUACCAAUCCGCCAGCAUACACAGAAUAAAGGAGAGAUAACCAUCCCUUUCUUGCGAUUUUUUGUUGCUUGUUGUAAAAAGUCUAUAAAUCUAAUUUAAAAAAAAGUAACGCUGAAAUUAGAAACAAACAGUUAUGAAUAUUUGUAUAUAAAGUGAAAAUUUUUAUA